AUGAAUUUUGAAACUCGUAUGAGCAGUGCGCAUUAUAUGGUUCAUGCUAUUGGUAGCGCUUCAUUAUCCUUUUGUUUUAUUUAUUUUGGAAGAAAAGUUAAAGGAUUUGCUGAAGCUAGUAUUGCUUUAUUGAUGGAUACCGAUAUGGAUUCUAGUAAAUAUGAAAAUGCCUUUGAUCUUAGUUUUAUACAAGUGUCACCAUCACAACGUCAUUUUUCUUUCGGGAUAUGGAGUGUCUCGGGUGAUUCAAAUAACCAACAACUUGAUAAAAAUGAUUCAGUUCUUUUACCGCCACCACCUUCAUAUAAUGAUAACGAACAAGAAACAUCAAGAAAAUCACCUAUGAAACGUAAUUAUCGAUAUAGUUUGUCUUCCUCAUCGGUUAAUCGCAAUUCAAUAUUACCAGAAAUUGUGGUAUCAACGCCAGAUGUUGCAUCGGCAAAAAAAACAACCAAGAAUGGUGAAAAGUCGGACUUUGUUACUGCCUGGAUAUUAGACCAACAUGAAAGGACAACG